AUGAAGCGCUCCUCGCAAGAUGCCGACUUGGAGGCCCCACGGCCACAUGAACGUCGACCCUCUCUAGUUCCUGACGGACGCCCUGCGCCACCCAAGAUCUCCAAGGCCCGCGCUUGCGCAGAGUGUAAGCGUCAUAAAAUACGCUGCGAGUUCAAAUCAGGAGAGGCGAGUUGCACCAAAUGCAUUCGCAGCGGGAUCAAAUGUGUGGUCAAUGACUUCUCCCAGAAGUUCGUCGACGAUGAUGUGAUGUGGAAAUCACAAGCAUCGGCUACGAUACAACAGCUUCAGGCGGCAGUCUCGCAUCUUCUACAACAAGGAGGUCUGCCAGACUUAUCGACCUUCAUCUCUGGUGACAGCCACAACGGCCCCAGUCCUGUCGGCUCUCAGUCGGAACGUCGCUUCUCAUCUGAGGCAUCACCCACUGACGUCAAACCCCGAGAGCCGGGUAUUGUUAUGGAUGUGACCCGAGAGCCUUCCCAAGAACCAGACUUACAAGACCGAGAGCUAGUACCAGCACCAAUGCGCAGUUUAUACGAGGUCACGAAGCUCCGCAAUCUGCGGAAUAACCCCAUAGAACAGCCGAAGCUGACGCUUCUGGAGGAGGACUUCAUCUCCAGAGGGCUGACCUCGCUUCAUGAAGCCGAAGAGCUGUUUGCCUACUUUAGCAGGACUAUGAACCAGCUUCUCUGGGGAGGGAUAGUCUUGGUGCAUCGUGAUCUCACCUCUGUUCGGCGAGCAUCGACGUUACUGUCAGCAGCUGUUCUAACUGUCGCUGCCCUCCAUAUACCGAAUCGAACCGAGACUCUCAACCGUUGCUACAAUGAGUAUGUAUCGCUUGUGUCGAGCAUGUCGUUGACAAGGGCUCAUACACUUGAUGACAUUCGCGCUCUCUGCGUCGGAGCGUUCUGGUUAUCCGAACUAAGUUGGAAACUUUCUGGGCAUGCUGUUCGAAUCGCGACGGAAUUGGGCCUUCACCAAAGCUAUCAUAAGCUAAUGCGUGGUCACAACGAUCAGUAUGAGCGCGCUCAGCUCUGGUAUCUUCUGUAUGUGUGUGACCAUCAUUUCAGCAUCGCCUACGGGCGUCCACCAGUCAUCCAUGAGGAUGCAGCAAUCAAGAACUACGAAUCGUUUCUCCAGUCACCAAUGGUAGUACCCGGAGAUAUUAGGCUACUAGCACAAGUUGCCUUGUUUAUGAUCCUGACCGAAGCGUAUCGGACAUUCGGGACCGACACAGAGCAAGCCCUUACCGAAGAGGACUUUGGGCAGUUACGCGUCUACAAUGUUGCUAUAGACCAAUGGCGGCUAUUGUGGCAACCCCGAUCUGCCGAUAGCCCUUAUGUCCGAACAUAUCCCUCGAAAGGGGUUGUGCUUCACUACCACUUUGCCAAAUUUCAACUCAACUCACUCUCGCUGCGAGCCUUGUCUCCGACUAACACCCCGGUGUUCUCUAUGGACCGCAAAGAGUCGGCUAAUAUUGCCAUCUCGUCUGCUAUGGCUUGUUUGAAUAUGGUAUUGGAAGAGCCAGAUAUUCGCGACGCCAUUGUUGGAGUUCCGAUUUUCACCCACACGAUGGUCACAUUCUCCGCCGUGUUCCUCUUGAAAGUUGCAAUAAACUGGAACUCUGCGUAUCUCAGUCUCGACGGCCGCCAGGUGCGACGUCUGGUCGAGAGGGUGAUUGAGCUGUUGAACUGUGUCUCUGCAGGGGAGAGACAUCUGACGAGACAUAUUGCCCGGGGCCUUGGUAAGAUGUUGGAGCGCUUCGACUCUUGGGACGCAUGGCAAGCAGGAGGGGCACCUGUUGUAGCAUCUGGGGGUGCUGAGCGAGCAGGUAGUAGUGAUGUUCCUGGGGGUGCCAAUGCCAUGGCCCAGGGGUUUCCCCCACCGGAUUUGAUCUAUGAUAUGGUUGGUACAUACGGGUUUGGAUUGGAUGAAAACCUCCUAGAUCCUAGCAUGGCUAGUUUCGAAUUCUUAGCACAAUGA